CGUCGCUGUGCUGCGACAGUCUCUUACCUCGACGCUCCGGCCGGUCCACCACACGUGUUUUGACAGCUCGUGUCGGAACUUGGAGGGGACUGGGGGUGCGUUUGACGGUGUGUCAGUCAGUCUGCCAAGAACAUCCUCAUUCAUCGACGGUCAUCGGGCUUCGACGAUCGAGGAACCACUCCACUGCAUCAUCCUCGUGCUCCUUUUGACUGUCCGCCCUGCCUGCCGUCGCAAGGCAUGAACAACGCAUCAUGAGUCUUCGCGAGAUGAACUUCAAGGGAGCCUGGCUCUUGUUGAUGCUGGCGCUGUGCGCGCUGUGCUUGGGAGUCGGCGCACAGACCCUGCAAGACGUCCUGGAGGUCUCCCCCACCUCCCCCGCGAAUCCCAGCUCCAAUGAGGACCGAGCGAGCCAACAGGAGAUCCAGGACCAGUUGGUCGAUGGGAAGAGGAGGCUGGCCCAAACCAUGCUGAGCAACGAUCUUCAGGAUAGGGAACAUGUCAGUGGGAAGCUCUCCUUCAAGUGGAAACUGGGAACGAUUAAAGGAACUGCAGCAUCAACUUUCCGUUCCUUCAACCAAAGCUUUAUUUUGGCGGGUAAAGUUCUUUACCGCCUGGAGGGUGGACCUGAACCAAGUAAAUACAUCACUAGACCAGUUGCCGAGUUUCCAGACUUCUUGGGAGAUGUUGCAUUUGUGGAGAGUGUGGAAUGGGACGGCCUGCUGUUACUUUUGGCUGCAUAUGAUCAAGGACUUCUGCAAGUUUUCACGGUGGAUCCGAACAACAAUGUUAUUCUGCGCCAAUCCAUUGAUGUGACAGGAAUUCCCUCGGAUGCAGAGUUUUUUAUGCAGGAUGACACCUUGUUUUGUGCAGUUACCGCUAAGAAGGGGUCAUCUCUUGUACCUUUUCGUGUUUACCGCUGGACUGGAACACAUUUGGAUCAAGAACCAUUUGAACAUCUUGAGAUUGAAGCCACUGCUGUGUCAACAUUCCCUUUCCGUGAAUCUGUCAUUAUAGUGGUUGCUCUUGGUGAUGCAGGAAGCAGGAAGGCAGGACUGGUUGUUUUUGAACGGAAAGGAUCUAGGAUUGCCAUGGUCGAUUUUUUUUCUAUUGCUGCCCCAUUUGCACUGCAGCAUUUUACUUUUAAAGCUGAGAACUAUGUACUUGUUGCCUCUGCUCAAGGUCCCAAUGUCAUUUGUUGGUGGGAUGGCACUCAGAUGAUAAAGUGGAGCGAGUUCCAAACUGACGGGAAUGUGCAUUCUAUUGGUAUUGGAUAUGUUCGUGGAGAAACUCUGAUUCUUCUAGCACAACAGACUAAGAUUAAGAUUUACCGGCCAACUGCCAGUACUCUUGAAUUGGUGAAUGUUCAAGAAUUUCCUACGGCUGUGCAGAGUGGUUCUCUCUACGUCCACGAUGAUUCCAUUGCUUUACUUGCUAUCACGGAGUCCCCUGGAACUUUUACAACAUAUAUUUUAGAAUUGCAUCUGACUUUCCAGCCUGCCCCUGUCGGCCAUCGUCGGUUACCAAGGCAUCCCUUGCUUGAGUGUUUCUCAAAUCUAGAGGGUGGUAUCAAAGCUAGGGGACAAAUGGUUGCAAACAUAGUUGCCCAGCGGCGGAACCUUUUGCACAGAGGCACUCGUGGUCAGUUCUUGGGCAAGAUUAUCGUCAAGAAACUUGUUCCGAAGAAUGCUCAUGUUCAUCAAGUCACUUUCACAACACCAAUCAAGAAACCGUCUAUGGCAGCCCACAAAUUACGAAAUGAAAUUGCCUCAUCUGUGGAAACUGUCCAGAAACUUGUCAAGAGCAUGGGAAAUGUUGUAUUCAAAUCCAAGCCUUCAUCUCUGAGUGGACGACUGAUCACUGAUAACUUGAAGAUUCACAGUGCUACCAUGGAUUCAGUCGUCAUCUCUAACUUGAAUGGAGAGAACUUUGAUCCAAACAAUAUUUUGAUGCACAAUAGAAAUCAGAAGUUGUCUGGAAUGGUCUCUGCUAACUUGAUAACUACUGACACUCUUAAUGUGGGUUCUUUGAACAGUGUGAACAUUAAAGAUCUAUUGACUCUACAAGGAGAUCAAGUGGUUACUGGUUUGGAGAAAAUUUACAAUGUGAAGGCUAACAAAGUUGUUAUCAACUCCCAGAGGCCUAUUAAUGGCAUACCAUUGAAACGGAUUGUUACAUCACAGAUGCCAGGCACUGUAUCAGUUGCUGGAACUAAAACUUUUGCCGAACUAAAUUUACAGCAGCUGGCUAUUAAUCUCUUAAACAAUGUCAAUUUUACCAACUGGAUAAACAGUCUACAGCCACCAGUUCCUGCGAAUCCUACACCAAGUCCUCCCUCUGGACCCUCUGGUACCAAGAGUACUUUCAACGGUGAUCUCAAAAUUCAAGAUUUGACUGUCGAAGGGAAUAUUAAUGGUGUUCCGAUCAAUGAUCUCCUGUCUUCUCUGUUUUUGAAGGGGCUGAAUCAGAAUGUUACCGGUGACAUCAGAUACUUGUCCAAGGUGGUGGUUGAUGAAUUUGAAGCAUCCAGGAUUAAUGGAGUACCAGUUUCUUCAUUGCUGACACUCACCACUGAUCAAGUAAUCAGUGGCUCACUGGCAGUUGAGUCCAUCAGUGUCCCCGACCUGUACACUGAUAGUGUCAAUGGCCUGAAACUGAGCAAGGAUGCUGCUUAUGUUAACUCAGAAUUUGCUAUCUCAACGCCUGUCAGUUUUGACAGACUCCAAACACACGAUUUGCUUCUUCCACCCAACGCCAAUAUUUCUGGUAUACCUGUUGGCAGUCGUUUGUUGAAUCAGCCCAAAAUAGUUUAUGAAGGAAGUGUGAGAGUAAAAGGAACCCUAAAGCUCUCUGAUGUUAACUUAGAACAUGCCAAAGUUCUAUUAAGUGGACAAUCUGUGAACUACAAGGAUGUUCACAUCAACUAUUGGACCCGUCACACUCCCCAGGAAAUUCCUUACUCAUUGCAUGCGCCAAGUGGUCUUAAUGUAAAGACAUUCAAUAUCAAGACUAUCAAUAAUAUUCCUUUAGAUAACUAUGUUGAUCUGUCAACAACUAGUGCAUUGCAAGGCACUUGGCAUUUUCCUUCUGCUACGAUUUACGGGGACUUGAAGCAUGGGCUGUCAGCAUCACAGUCACCUGUAGUACUGAGGGAUUUAGCAUAUAUUGUGAAAACAACUGGCGAGUAUACAAUCUCUGGGACCAAGAUCUUUUUAGGUGGUCUUACAACUAGUCACUUGCUCUCUGAUUACCUGGAUGCCAAGAAGGUUUCUGAUGUAUUUGAGAAAUCAGAAAGCCAAGGGUCAGUAUAUGAAGAAAUUUGGGUUGGAGGUGAUCUCACUAUCAAGUCCAAUCUUCAUGUUGGCACUGUAAAUGGAUUAAAUCUGUGCGAUCGCUUGUCUCAAGCUCUCCUGCUUGAUCAAGGUGGUCGCAUUCCUGCUGCAACUAUAUCUGCAGUUUCUGCAUCAAAUAUUGAUGUGAAGACAUUCAACGGCGUGCCAUUUAAUGUUAUUUAUGGAAGUGGAAGUGGAGGUACUAUUCCAAGAGUUGGGAAGAUAACAAUUCGGGGUGAUGUAAGGGUUCCUGCAUUCAUAAAUGUCAUGGGCGUCAAUGAGAAGUUACUGAGCCCUGACUACUUAUCAAGGGUUGUCGAUAAGACAAGAACUGGGGCUAUUCGAGGCAAGAAAACUUUUGCUUCUCAGCUCAUUGUGCAUGGUGGAUUUUCAGCUCUGGAUUAUAAUGGCAUUAGGCUUGAAGAUAUUUUUGAAAAUAUGUUGUCUAAGACUCGAAACCAAACUAUUACUUCGCCAAUCUGGAUGAAAGAAAUUAUUGCAAAUGAGCUGAAGGCAACCAUUGUGAAUAAUAUUGAAGUUGACAAUCUUUUGAGUUCCGAUUUAAUGAGCCGUCAAACAGUCGAGGGGAACUUGCUCUUCACAAACGAUCUGGAUGUGUUUGGUCAUUUGACUUUUGGAUCUUUUGAAAAAGGCUGUGACUUAAAACUGGUGUCAGAACGUUUGAAGGUUUUAGAUGGAAGACAUUGGGCUUCAUUGACAGUUGAGGGUAGUCUGAAAUGGGAACGUAGUUUGCCAUUGAGAGUUUUUGGUCUUGGUUAUUACCUCCAAUCUGCUGUCACGACAAAUGAUGAUCAAGUUAUUUCUGGUGAAGUGUCUUUUGAAAGUCCAGUCCUGGUCAACAACUUCAAUUCCCAACGAGAUAUCAAUGAUGUUGCUAUUUCAUAUAUUUUAAGAGACUCCCUUCGGAAGACAUUGCCAGAUCAGGUUAUUCAUGGUCACAAAGUUUUCCGGAGCAAACUUCAAGCUAAUUCCAUGCAUGUUAAGGACAAUGUUGUUGCUAAAACUGUUGCUGGAGUGCAAAUAUCUGUGUUGAACAGCUCACUUGUUCGAGUUGAUGGCAACCAAAAUGUUGCUGGCAAGAAACGCUUCCUCCAAGGUUUCUCUGCUGAUCUUUUGAAGGUUGCUGGAACUGUUAAUGGGCUUGUGACCACUCAAGUAGCUGCUUAUGAUGCACCGCUCUUGCCUCCAAUUCAUUUUGUUGGUCCACUUGACAUCCUUGGCAAUCUAAAGUUUGAGAGGGCAAAUGAUUUUAAUCUUGAUGAGCUUCUCUUGAAUAGAGUCACACUAGACAGCCCUCAACAGCUGGAAGGGCACAUCACUUUUACUCGAGACCUGAAUGUGGAAGGAGACAUGGUUGCCCCCAAAAUAAACAAUUUGGACGUUGCUGAUUUAGUUCAGCGUGACAGCAUUAAUGAACAAGUGAUUGGUGGUGUAAAGCAUUUUGCCAAAGAAUUGCGAGUAGAUGGACCAGUAGAAGUUGAUUACUUUGAAGGCCUUGAAUUAAGACCAACAUAUGCUGCUGCUUUAUUCAGAGAUGAAAAUGCUACAAUCUAUGGCGACUUGGUAUUCGGCAACUAUGUUGACAUGGAUGCUAACUUGGAUGUUGAUAGUACUGUUAAUGCUGUUGAAAUGGCAAGCUUGGCUGUAGCUCUUCGUCGCACCACAUCUCGCAGCCUAGCUCAAGUUUAUUCUAUUGCUCGCACCAUCAAUGAAACCAACAUUAUGCUUAAAGCUCGAGGUGACCUUUCUCAGAUGUUGUAUUUGGAGCAUGUCCCAAAUGUACCUGUAUCAUUUACCAACACACUCAGAGUUGUGGCUGUGGAUGUUGGGUACAACGAAACUUAUUUGGACAUCUAUGGUUGGGCCGCUCCUAGGCUCUGCGGUUUGCCAGAUGCAUGUGCCUGUCCUGCUCAGUACUCAAUUAAUGUUAACAAUGAUGGAGUAGAGCACAUGAUGUGGAAUACCGGAAUCAGGCACAAUGCUUCUGAACGUGCAUUCACCUUCCAUCUCAAUGACCCAUCUGUCACUGUUGUUGUAAAAACAAAUACUGUCAGUUCCUCUACUCGGUGCCGUCGGCAUGGUAUUGAUCGAUUGGAUGAAGUUACGAUGCUGACCUGGGCUGAACUGGAUCCUACCAAAGAUUCGAAGGAGAUCACCUUGCAUAUUGAACCCACUCCUAUCCUCGGCUACAUCACUGACGUGAAAUUAAUUCAAUCACACAAUCGUAUUUAUUUAGUUCUUGGCAUUGGGUACAAUGCUGAUCUUGAUACCACUGAUAUUAACAGUGUGAUAGUACGGAUAGAUCAUGUUUCUGGGAAAGCAAUGAUAGUGACUGAAUUUCCAACUCACGGGUUAUCAGCACUUGAUGUCUUCUCCACUAACAAAGGCCCUCACAUAGUUGUUGGCAACUCCUAUGACACUGCAAAGCAAUCAUCACAGGUCUAUCUUAAUGUUUAUAGAUUUGACCCUAAAACUGAGCAGCUCGACUUGGUGAAAAACAUUCCCAGUGAUGGAGUGGUAGCAGUAUCCAGUGUAGUUCAAGGGGGUGACAGUCUGAUUGUUGUAGCACAGAAGCAACUCUAUGCACCAGUAAUGGUUUUAAAGUAUGAUUCAGCGCAUGAUGACUAUCAUUUCCUGCAACAGUUGAACCUGAACACCAUUCCCACUGGUCUAGGAGUGUUCUAUGUCGGCCUUCCUGGAGAGAGCGAUGCUUUCUUAGGAGUAUCCACUGAGGAUGAUCUAUUUUAUCUCUACCAAUUUUGCCACAUAGAGGGAUUCAAACUUGUUAUGAAACUGGAGCUGAAGGGAGUCCAAGGAUUUACGAGCUUUUCAAUUGGAUCAAGACAGUACCUGCUUUUCACAUCUUCCCUUGCUCCCUCUGUUUUUGAGAUUGUUAAACAAUCGUCUUAAGUGUAACAAACUAAUUUAUUUAAUCAAAUGUUAAUACCUCUAGUCGUUCAAAUUUUAUGUAUGUUAUUUUUGUUAAAGUUUCAAUAAAAUGUUGCCACAGCCAGUUA